AUUAAUAAAGUAUUUUAAGACAAGUGAGGUUUAAAUUAAAUACUAUAAUACUAUAGUAUCAAAGAUAAUAUGUUUUGAGAUUCCAAGAAAUGAAAAAGUAGUUCUAGUGUUCAUUAGGCCAUUUAUAGAAUAAAUUAAAAAGAAGAAAAUAUAUUGACAACUCUUUUAUCGCCUAGCUUCAAGUUUCAAAAAGUUCCUUUCCAAUCGUCUCCUCAUGGCAAGUCGGUUCUUGAUGACGUUUUGAAUAUUGUUUUCUGUUAGAAAAGAAAUUACACGACAGAAAAAUGUCCAAGCGAAAAGGAAUGGAGGAGUCCGACAAACUCACUCGUAUUGCCAUUGUCAACGUAGAUAAGUGUAAACCAAAGAGAUGCAGACAGGAAUGUAAAAAAUCUUGCCCUGUAGUUCGUCUUGGAAAACUUUGUAUUGAAGUUAGCCCCAAUAGCAAAAUUGCUACUAUAUCUGAAGAAUUAUGUAUAGGUUGUGGUAUAUGCGUUAAGAAAUGCCCUUUUGAAGCUAUUGCUAUUAUCAAUUUGCCUAGUAAUUUACAAAAAGAAACUACUCAUCGCUAUGGUAAAAAUUCUUUUAAGCUACAUAGAUUGCCCAUUCCUCGUCCUGGUGAAGUAUUAGGACUUGUAGGUACUAAUGGUAUUGGUAAAUCUACAGCAUUAAAGAUUCUUGCUGGUAAACAAAAACCCAAUUUAGGUAGAUUCAUGGACCCUCCUGAUUGGACUGAAAUUUUGAGCCACUUCAGAGGUAGUGAAUUGCAAAACUAUUUUACAAAAAUUUUGGAGGACGAUUUAAAAGCAUUAAUCAAACCACAAUAUGUUGAUCAAAUACCUAAAGCUGUUAAAGGUACUGUUGGUCAACUUUUGGAUAGAAAAAGUGAAUUAGAUAAUUUAAAUCAAAUUUGUACCAUGCUGGAUCUGAAUUAUAUAAAGGAACGUGAAAUAUCUGCACUUUCUGGAGGAGAGCUACAGCGUUUUGCAUGUGCUAUGGUAUGCAUCCAAGAUGGUGAUAUAUUUAUGUUUGAUGAACCAUCUUCUUACUUGGAUGUCAAACAACGUUUGAAUGCUGCCAGAACAAUUCGUUCAUUGCUCCAUCCUAGCAAGUUUAUUAUUGUGGUAGAACAUGAUUUGAGUGUACUGGAUUAUCUAUCAGAUUUCAUAUGCUGCCUGUACGGAGUGCCUGGUGCAUAUGGUGUAGUUACUAUGCCUUUCUCAGUUCGUGAAGGUAUCAACAUUUUCCUUGAUGGUUUUGUUCCAACAGAAAAUCUUCGAUUCAGAGAUGAAUCUUUAGUAUUCAAAGUAGCAGAAUCUGCUACAGAAGAAGAAGUUAAGCGUAUGAAUCAUUAUGAAUACCCAGCUAUGACAAAAACUAUGGGUAAUUUUGAAUUGAAAGUUGUGCAGGGACAAUUUUCGGACUCUGAAAUAUUAGUAUUGCUUGGAGAAAACGGGACUGGAAAGACUACUUUUAUUAGAAUGCUUGCGGGAAACCUAGAACCUGAUAGCGGUUCAGGUGAUUUGCCACAACUUCACAUAAGCUACAAACCUCAAAAGAUAAGUCCAAAAUCUCAAGGAUUGGUUAGGCAACUGUUACAUGAAAAAAUUAGAGAUGCAUAUAUUCAUCCACAGUUUAUAGCAGAUGUAAUGAAACCAUUGAAGAUAGAAGACAUAAUUGAUCAAGAAGUACAAAAUCUGUCAGGAGGAGAAUUGCAGAGAGUUGCUAUGACACUUUGUUUAGGAAAACCAGCUGAUGUUUAUCUCAUUGAUGAACCCAGUGCCUAUCUAGACUCCGAACAACGUUUAGUCGCAGCUAAAGUUAUAAAACGAUUCAUUCUUCAUGCAAAGAAAACUGGAUUCGUUGUAGAACACGAUUUCAUUAUGGCGACCUAUUUAGCUGACCGCGUGAUCGUGUUCGAGGGUUCACCCUCUGUGAAAACAACCGCGCACACUCCACAAACUCUCUUAGCCGGUAUGAACCGGUUUUUGGAACUUCUAGGCAUCACAUUUAGACGGGAUCCAAACAACUUUAGACCAAGGAUCAACAAGCUGGAGUCUGUUAAAGAUGUCGAACAAAAACGGGCUGGACAGUAUUUCUUUUUGGAGGAUUAAUAUUUAUUUUGGACCGUAUCGCCAUUUUUUUUUAAUGUCUCUAAGAUGAUUGAAGGAUUUUAUGUACUAAUAAAAGUGUUAUAUCGCAGGAAUAUCAAGAGAGUUUGAAAUCUUUUAUUAUUUUAUAAAAUGUAUUCAACAUGAUUAAAAAGACAGUUAUCAA